AUGGCGUGUCACACAAUAUUGUGGAAAUCAAUCUGAAUUUUCUGCUUCCCUUGGUGCAUUUUUAAGACAUUUUCCAAAGGAAAACAUCAAAAUGAGUGUACCAGUUGUUUUCAUUGACAUCACCCUGGAGGAGCAGGCGCAAGAACUGCGAUCCUACCUGAAUCAUGUGGGUGCUGAAAUAUCGGAGGAAAUGUCGCCGAAAGGCAUCGAAGACGACCUGCACAAGAUCAUUGGCGUUUGUGACGCCUGUUUUAAGGACUCCUCGGAUGCUGACGUGGAGAAAACACUUAAUAGCAUUGUGUCUAUCCUCAUUCAGCUGCCUAAUGACAGAUCUGAAAGUCUCAUUCUGGCGUUUUGCGAGAAAUUGACAAAAGCAGCGACUGGGAAAUUAAGUGCAAUCACAUUGAAAGUGAUGUGGCUCCUUUUCCAAUCUUUGGACGAAACAAGCCCAAUGAGGUAUCACGUCUACUGCCAUGUCAUUCAGGCUGCAAAACACGCAGAGCAGAUCAAAUCAGUCUUCCAUGAUGUUGAUCAGUUGAAGGCUCUGUUUGCUGCGUGUCCACCAAACAAUGAACAAAUGCAAAAGCUCUUGCGGCUCUUGCAUGAUGUUCUCCUCACCUGCAACCAGAGCGAGCAGGCCGCCAAGGUGAUGAUGGAGCUGCUGGGCACCUACACCUCUGAAAACGCCUCUCAAGCAAGGGAAGAUGCACAGAGGUGUAUCCAGGCCGCGCUUGCAGAUCCAAACACCUUCCUGCUGGACCCACUUCUUGCCCUAAAACCUGUCAGGUUCUUGCAGGGACAGCUCAUUCACGACUUACUGUCGAUAUUUGUCUCUGAAAAACUACCCAGCUAUCUGAAGUUCUACCAAGACCACAAGGAAUUCGUUCAGUCGCAAGGACUGAAUCAUGAGCAAAACGUGAAGAAAAUGCGUCUGCUGACAUUUAUGCAGCUGGCUGAAAGCAGCAGCGAAAUGAACUUCAGCAAAAUCCAACAGGAGCUCCAGCUUGAGGAGGGCGAAGUUGAAUCUUUCGUCAUCGAUGUACUGAAAACUAAACUGGUUCGAGCUCGAAUGGAUCAAUCGUCAAAGAAAGUUUACGUGUCUAGCACCAUGCAUAGGACAUUUGGACGUCAGCAGUGGCAACAACUCAAUGACCUGCUUGUCUCAUGGAAAUCUAACUUGCUUUCCAUCCAGGACAACAUGAAGGAAGUGGUGGAAGCCCAAACAACGCAGUAGUAAAUCAAGAUCUUUUAUUUGCACUGCUUAUUUCCAUUUUGUAUGUUUAUUGAUACUUGUGAAUGAAGGUUAGGUAUUAUCAGA